CUCUCAGUGCCAUCAUUCAAGUGUAUAAAACUUCUGACUGUAAAACUUAUGUCAGCAGUAUGUGCCAAGCACCUGUGGUGAAAGUUGCUGUGGUUGUAGCUAAUGGGAAUUUUACAUUGUUUCCUUCACCAGAAACAUUGCAAUCUAGUAUCUGUUCCAUAGUUGAUGAGAUUAAUAAAAGCAUGAAAGAUAUUCCAACCAUGGCAAACUGGUUAGCUGAAGGAAGCAGUCACUCCACUCAUGAAACACUUUAUGUUGGCUUACCAAAAGAUAUUAUGGAAAAUGGUCAAAGCAAGCUAAAGAAGAUUUUGUUUCCACAUUUUCAAGACCUUUAUGAUCUAGUACAUUAUUAUGGUUCCAAGUAUGAAUUUCUUGUGAAUGGGGAUGCUAAAAAGCAAGUUAACAAAUUUAUAAGAGAAGACCAUAACUUUCAGGAAAUAUAUGAGUUUGUGGAGUACUUCCAGCAGGUAAAACAGGAAAUCCAGGAUCUUCGUGAAAAGGAGAACUUGUUAAUUUUUUUUGUAGACUUGGGUGUUUUGAAGGAAAGUCUAAGACUGGCAGCUGAACAGUGGGCAGAAACAUUGACAGAGGUGCUAUAUAAGCUUCACAGAGAAGAAAAUUUAAGAAUUCAGGCAGAAUAUGAAAAAAUUGAAGAAAGAGUGAAGAGGAAGCCUCAAACUACUCAAGAAAUGUUAGAGUUAAAUGAAUACGUGGACAAAAUGAAAGAAACUGUUGUACCAGAAUUGCAGGAGAAAGUGGAGGCUUCAGGAAAGAGGCUAUUGUAUCUAUUAGAUAUCUAUAUGUUUUUGUCAAGUGAUCUUGACUUAAAUUCAGAUGUUCUUUCUUGGCCAGCUAAAGUGGAACCAUUGUUCAAUUCAAUUUUACGAGUUCUAGACACUUCCAAGGUGUCUUUUGAAGAACAUCUAAUAUCUGUCACAGAAAAGGUCACAGAAGAUUUGAAACGGCUAACUCAACGAGUAAAAGAAUUUGAGGACUAUGGUGAUUUGGAUCUCAUGCCUCAGUACACACAGGAAAUCCGGCAAUUCCAAAGAAGGCUCAAAGAUGUCUAUCAAACUAUUGAAUGGAUAAAUCAAGAGGAAGUACUAUUCAAGUUUCCACUUACCUCAUACCCAGAUUUUGACACCAUAAAUGAUGCACUCGAUCCAUAUUCCAGUUUGUUUUCUCUUGUAUUGAAAUGGCAGAAAUCUGAGAAAAAAUGGAUGGAAGGAUCUUUUCUGGAUCUAAAUGCAGAAGCCAUUGAAGCAGAUGUGGAGGCAUUCACCAGAGAAACCUUAAUUUUGCAAAAGAAAUUCAAAAGUCACCUAAAAACAUCUCAUAUAACUCAAACAGCACAUAAUGACAACAAGACAGAAGAAGCUGAGGUUGAGAAACUUCCAGCCCCUCUUAAAAUUUGCCAGUAUUUGUUGGAUAAUAUUGAAAAAUUUAAGAAAAAUAUUCCAGCCAUAUCAUUACUAUGUAACCCUGGAAUGAGACAACGUCACUGGGACCAAAUGUCAACUGUUUUAGGUCAGAACAUAACCCCAGAUUCUGGAACUACUCUUCAAAGGAUGUUGAAACUGAACCUCAAAGAUUAUAUGGAAAAAUUUGAGGUCAUCAGUACUGCUGCCUCAAAGGAAUAUUUCUUGGAGAAAGCUGUGAGUAGGAUGAUGGGUGAGUGGGACAGCAUUUAUUUCAACACUACUAUCUAUCGAGACACUGAUGUCCACAUUUUAGCAUCUGCUGAUGAAAUCCAAUCUGUUUUGGAUGAUCAUAUUGUUAAAACACAGACCAUUAGAGGAUCACCUUUUAUCAAACCAUUUGAAGAAGAAAUUAAAGAAUGGGAGAACAAGCUGAUAAGAACUCAAGAAACCAUUGAUGAAUGGUUGAAAGUACAGGCACAGUGGCUUUAUUUAGAGCCCAUAUUCUCAUCAGCAGACAUCAUGCAACAAAUGCCAGAAGAAGGUAGACUUUUCCAAACUGUGGAUCGAGGAUGGAAAGAAGUAAUGAAGGCAGUGGUCCAGGAUAAUAGUGUUUUACAAGCUACUGGUUCGGGUGAUUUACUUCAGAGACUGCAGGAAACCAUUGGCCUCUUGGAUAGGAUCAACAAAGGACUAAACACAUACUUAGAAAAAAAACGUCUCUUUUUUCCAAGGUUUUUCUUUCUUUCUAAUGAUGAAAUGUUGGAAAUUUUGUCUGAGACCAAAGACCCCCUUCGUGUCCAGCCUCAUUUGAAGAAAUGUUUUGAGGGAAUAGCACGGUUAGAAUUUGACAGCCAUUUAGACAUCCAAGCUAUGUUCAGUAGUGAAAAUGAACGAGUCCAGUUUAGUAUACCAAUAUCAACAGCUGAGGCUAAAGGUCAGGUGGAAAAGUGGUUGUUUCAGGUUGAAGAAGCUAUGACCAUGUCUGUCAGGGAUGUUAUUCAAGAGUCCAGAGAGGUUUUCACAACAGUCCCUAGAAAGCAGUGGGUGACAGAGUGGCCUGGGCAAGUGGUACUCUGUGUUUCUCAGAUAUUUUGGACACUUGAGGUUCACAAGGCUAUCAAGGGUGGAAUCAAAGCUCUCCAGUUGUACUACAGCCUUCUUCAAAUGCAGCUAUCAGAUAUAGUAACCCUUGUUCGGGGAAAGCUUUCCAAACAAAUUCGUACCACACUUGGAGCUCUUGUAGUAAUUGACGUUCAUGCACGUGAUGUCAUCAUGGAAUUGGUUGAAAAAGGAGUACAGUCUGAAUUGGACUUCCAGUGGCAGGCUCAGUUACGUUACUACUGGCAGGAAGAAAAUGUCAAAGUUCAUAUCACAAAUGCUACCGUUAGUUAUGCUUAUGAAUAUCUGGGAAACACUGGACGACUUGUUAUCACACCAUUGACGGAUCGCUGCUACCGUACCCUGGUGGGAGCAUAUCAUCUUCACCUUAAUGGUGCUCCUGAAGGUCCUGCAGGAACAGGAAAGACUGAAACAACUAAGGACUUGGCAAAAGCUUUGGCUGUUUUGUGCGUUGUAUUUAACUGCUCUGAUGGCUUAGACUACUUAGCAAUGGGAAAAUUUUUCAAAGGACUUGCUUCAUCUGGAGCAUGGGCUUGUUUUGAUGAGUUCAAUCGAAUUGAGCUAGAAGUACUUUCAGUAGUUGCCCAACAGAUCUUGUGUAUAAUUCGUGCAGUCCAAGCAGGAGUGAACAAAUUCAACUUUGAAGGAACAGAAUUAAGCUUAAACCCCAGCUGCUAUGUUUGCAUCACAAUGAAUCCAGGCUAUGCUGGUCGUUCAGAGCUGCCUGAUAACUUAAAAGUUUUAUUUCGUACAGUUGCAAUGAUGGUUCCAGACUAUGUUCUCAUUGGAGAAAUAAUGCUUUAUUCAUUUGGCUUUAUUGAUGCUCGUAAUCUUGCUGUGAAGAUAGUAACUACAUAUCGAUUGUGCUCAGAGCAGUUGUCCUCACAGUCACACUAUGACUAUGGCAUGAGAGCUGUAAAGGCAGUUUUGGCAGCAGCGGGUAACUUGAAACUGAAGUAUCCUCAUGAGAAAGAAGACAUCUUGAUUCUUCAGUCCAUUCUUGAGGUCAAUGUUCCAAAAUUCCUCUCCCAUGAUAUCCCUCUGUUUGAAGGAAUUAUCUCAGAUCUGUUUCCUGGAGUAAAAUUACCAAAGCCUGACUAUGAUACUUUCUUAAAUGCUGCUAAAGAAAUUUGCCAUCAGUAUCAACUACAACCUGUUGACAGUUUCCUCCAAAAACUUAUACAGACAUAUGAAAUGAUGAUAGUGAGACAUGGCUUUAUGUUGGUUGGAGAACCCUAUGGUGGAAAAACUAAGGUUAUAGAGGUACUGGCUGGAACACUAGGAUACUUGAAAGAACAAGGAAAAGAUGAAGAACGAGUUAUUUACUGCACCAUCAAUCCAAAGUCUGUAACCAUGGGUCAGUUGUUUGGACAAUUUGAUCCUAUUUCACAUGAGUGGACAGAUGGAGUGGUGGCUCUAACUUUUCGACAUUUUGCAUCAUCAGAAAGUUUGGAUCGCAAGUGGGUGGUGUUUGAUGGACCAGUGGACACACUGUGGAUUGAAAGUAUGAACACUGUGUUAGAUGAUAAUAAAAAGCUUUGUUUAAUGAGUGGUGAAAUAAUACAGAUAUCUCCAUCCAUGAGCUUAAUUUUUGAAGUAAUGGAUCUUUCACAGGCAUCUCCUGCAACUGUAAGUCGUUGUGGAAUGAUCUACUUUGAACCAUUUUUGCUUGGCUGGAAGCCACUCAUGGAGACCUGGAUUUUCCAACAAUCUGAAAACUGGUCUGCAGGGCAAGAAGACCUUUUACGAGCCAUGUGUCUGUGGCUCAUCCCUUCAUGUCUUACCUUUCUCAAGGAAAACUGCAAGGAGCUUGUUGAAACCAGCAGUAGCUGUUUAGCACACUCUCUAAUGAGAAUGGUUUCCAUAAUGAUGAGUGAGGCUUGUCCAAAAAACACUUCAUCCACUGAAUUGCGAUAUAUACGCAGCUGGUUGGUGGGAGUAUUCAUCUUCUCGACUAUCUGGUCUAUUGGAGGAACCUGUGAUGCGACUGGUCGUGAAAAAUUUAGUCUAUUUUUAAGAGAGCUAUUAUCAGGAGUGGUUAAAAAUUGGCCAAUUCCUCAUGUAGUUGGCAAAAUUGAUUGCCCUUUACCUGGUGAUGGUCAAGUCUAUGACUACGUUUUUGAGAUAAAGGGAAAAGGACAGUGGCAUCAGUGGAGUGAUUCUGUGAAAUCCCUUGAUUCUGACAAAGUAAAGAUAAAGGAGGUUAUUGUCCCCACAGUGGACACUGUUCGAUAUUCCUACCUUAUGGAUCUCUGUAUUUUACACAACAGACCAUUGCUGCUGGUAGGACCUACAGGAACUGGCAAAAGUGUUUACGUACAGGACAAACUGCUGAAUGGUCUACCACAGAAUAAAUUUGUACCUUCUUUUCUGACUUUUUCUGCCCAGACUACUGCAGGACAAGCUCAGGAUAUUAUCAUGUCAAAAUUGGAAAAGCGAAAGAAAGGUGUAUAUGGACCUUCUUUAGGAAAACGUUUUGUAAUUUUUGUGGAUGAUCUGAAUAUGCCAGCAAUGGAAUUGUAUGGGGCUCAACCUCCAAUUGAACUUCUACGACAGUAUUUUGAUCACAACUAUUGGUAUGACAAGAAAGACAUGGCUAAAGUUUGUUUGACAGAUUUACAGUUUAUUGCUGCCAUGGGUCCAUCAGGAGGAGCUAGGAAUAAUGUCACUCCUCGCCUUCUGCGCCACUUCAACAUAAUUUCUAUCAAUUCAUUCAGUGAAGACACAAUGAAACGUAUCUUUUCUACUGUCAUGAACAUCCAUUUUAGGAACAGUAACUUUCCACUGGAUAUCUUCCCAUUGGUUGGAAAUAUUGUUUGUGCCACAGCUGAAGUCUACCAUGCUGCUCUUGCUAACUUGCUUCCUACACCAGCAAAGUCUCACUAUACGUUUAACUUACGAGACUUUGCUCGGGUCAUUCAAGGAUGUUGUCUCAUUACUCCACAUGGUCUGAGGAACUCCAAUACAUUGAUUCGAUUAUGGGUGCAUGAAGUAUUUCGUGUGUUUUAUGAUAGGCUGACAGAUGAUGAAGAUAGACAUUGGCUAUUUAGUUUACUACAAAACUGUGUACGAUCUCACUUCAAAGAAACAUUUGAUACUCUGUUUCCUCAUCUCCUUCAUGCAGGCAAGGUUACAGAAGAUGCAAUGGGGAGCUUGAUGUUUGGUAGCUACAUGAAUCCAGAUGCUACUGUGGAAGAGAGAGUUUAUGAAGAAGUUUCCGAUCUUGAAUCUUUUGAAAAAGCUGUACGAGUGUAUCUAUCAGAAUAUAACAGCAUUCAUAAAUCACAGAUGAGUCUGGUUAUAUUCAGAUAUGUACUAGAACAUUUAUCCAGGAUUUGUCGCAUUCUUGGUACUCCUGGUGGAAAUGCUUUACUUGUAGGGGUUGGAGGGAGUGGGCGUCAAUCUCUCACUCGACUCGCUACAACUAUGAUGGGACACAGUCUCUUUCAACCUGAAAUUUCCAAACAUUAUGGAUGCUCAGAAUGGAAAGAAGACUUAAAGUUUGUUUUGAAAGGAGCUGGGGUCCAUGGUAAAACCACAGUAUUCCUAAUCACAGACUCCGUGAUUAAAGAAGAUGUCUUCUUGGAGGACAUAGAUAGUUUGUUGAACUCAGGAGAAGUUCCAAAUUUGUAUGCAAUUGAUGAAAGACAGGAGAUCAUAGAGUCGAUUCGAUCAGCUGCUCUAGCAUCAAAUGGGAAUGCUGAAUUCACACCACUGUCUCUUUUCUCAUUCUUUGUAAAACGUUGCCAAGAAAACCUUCAUAUCAUCAUUGCUUUUAGCCCUAUUGGUGGGGCUUUCAGGAGUCGACUACGUCAAUUUCCAUCAUUAGUCAACUGUUGCACCAUGGACUGGUUUCAGGCUUGGCCCGAGGAUGCCCUUCAGUGUGUUGCCAGCCACUUUCUUGAGAGUACAGAGAUGCCAUAUCAGGAGAGAGUAAAAUGUGUGUCUGUAUGUAAACACUUCCACACAAGUGCUGUUAAGCUUUCUCAGAGGUUUCUUGCCCAAACUGGACGCCACACCUAUAUUACUCCCACUUCUUAUCUGGAACUUAUUUCUUCAUUCAAGUUGCUCUUAGGUCAGAGACAGAGUGAGGUUUUAGCAGCCAGAAAACGUUAUAUGGUAGGCCUGGAAAAACUAGCAUUUGCUUCACAACAGGUGACACAAAUGCAACAGGAGUUAGAAGAACUUCAGCCACAACUCGUUGUUGCCGCUUGUGAGACAGAGAAGAUGAUCACAGUGAUUGAAACAGAAUCUAUUGAAGUGGAAAAAACUAAGUCCAUUGUAAAAGAAGAUGAAGCUAUAGCCAAUCAACAGGCAAUUGAAGCUCAGUCUUUAAAGGAAGAGUGUGAAGCUGAUCUUGCUGAGGCUAUUCCAGCUUUAGAAUCUGCCUUAGCUGCUCUUAACACUUUAAAGCCAGCUGAUGUUACUGUAGUCAAGUCUAUGAAGAACCCUCCAAGUGCAGUAAAACUGGUGAUGGCUGCUGUAUGUGUGAUGAGGGACAUUAAGCCAGAGAAAAUUAAUGACCCAGCAGGCUCAAGUCAAAAGAUUCUGGAUUAUUGGGGACCAUCCAAAAAGCUACUGGGAGACAUGAAUUUUUUGUCCCAGUUAAAGGAAUAUGAUAAAGACAAUAUAGCUCCUCACAUAAUGGCUAAGAUUCGUAAGGAGUUCAUAACCUCUUCAGAUUUUAAUCCAGCUGUUGUUGUCAAGGCUUCAUCAGCAGCUGAAGGUUUAUGUAGGUGGGUUAUUGCUAUGGAACUGUAUGAUAGGGUUGCCAAGCUUGUAGCUCCUAAAAAAGAAAAGUUAGCUGAAGCAGAGGAACAGUUAGUGACAACAAUGGCAUUAUUGGAGACUAAAAGAGAUGAACUUAAAGCUAUUGAAGAUCGACUAGCUUCACUAAAACAACAGUUUAAAGAAAUGUCAGAACGCAAACAGCAACUAGAGGUUCAAGUCGACCUUUGUGCUAAAAAACUGGACCGUGCCCAAAAGCUGAUUGGAGGUCUUGGUGGAGAGCGAGAUAGGUGGUCUUUUGAAGCUGAAAGAUUGAAGACAGUUUACGACAACUUAUCGGGAGAUGUUAUUUUGGCUUCUGGAGUUAUUGCCUAUUUGGGACCUUAUACAGCUUCUUAUAGAAAUGAUUGUGUUCAAGAUUGGGUUGAGUAUUGUCUGGCCAAAGGAAUUCCCUGUUCAGCUGAUUUUUCUGUCAGUCAGACUUUAGGAAAUCCUGUAAAGAUACAGUCAUGGACUAUUGCAGGACUUCCUUUGGACAGUUUUUCCAUUGACAAUGGUGUCAUUGUAGACAAAAGUAGAAGAUGGCCAUUAAUGAUUGACCCUCAAGGUCAAGCCAAUAAAUGGGUCAAGAAUAUGGAAAAAGAAAAUGGACUAAUUGUUAUUAAGCUUGAAGACAAUGAUUUUCUACGUAAUCUUGAGAACUGCCUGCAAUUUGGUCAACCAGUGCUGUUGGAGAACAUAGAAGAAGAGUUGGACCCAUCUUUAGAAUCAGUCUUGUUGAAACAGACUUUUAAACAAGGUGGUGUUGAGAUGAUAAAGCUAGGUGAUGCAACUGUAGAGUUCAACCAAGACUUUAAAUUGUAUAUCACUACCAAGUUAAGAAAUCCCCAUUACCUUCCUGAACUUGCAACAAAGGUAUCACUCCUUAAUUUCAUGAUCACUCCUGAGGGUCUGGAAGAUCAACUACUAAGUAUUGUUGUUGCUCAAGAAAGACCUGACCUUGAGGAAGAAAGGCAAGCUCUAAUCCUUCAGACAGCUGCCAAUACAAAAGAAUUAAAAGAACUGGAAGAUAAAAUUUUACACACUCUCUCAUCAUCUGAAGGUAACAUCUUAGAAGAUGAGACUGCUAUCCAUGUUUUGGAUUCAUCAAAACUUUUAGCUGAUGAAGUGUCUCGCAAACAAAAGAUAGCAGAAGAGACAGAGAAAAAGAUUGAGACAUCCAGGUUAGAGUAUCGACUAAUUGCCAAACACUCUUCCACUUUAUUUUUCUCAACAACAGACCUUCCAAAUGUAGAUCCAAUGUACCAGUACUCCUUGACAUGGUUUGUUAAUCUGUUCAUGAAUUCCAUUGAAAAUAGCAACAAAUCCAAGGUUCUAGAACGACGACUGAGAUACUUGAAUGACCAUUUCACCUAUAGUCUCUACAUCAAUGUCUGCAGAUCAUUAUUUGAAAAGGACAAACUUAUCUUUUCCUUCCUCCUUUGCUGCAACCUACUUAUGGCCAAGAAAGAGCUAAAUCCACAGCAUUUGCAGUUUUUCUUAACGGGAGGUUUAGGUCUUGAAAACAAAUUACCUAAUCCUGCUACUGACUGGCUACCUGUGAAGUGCUGGGAUGAACUGUGCCGACUCUCUGACAUCGCCCCUUUUAGUGGACUUAGUAUGGAUCUCAUGACAUCUACAGCUAAGUGGAAAGAAUUUUACAACCAAAAAGAACCACAUAAUUCUGAAUUGCCUGAUCCCUGGAAAGAUAGGUUAUCAGAUUUCCAAAGCAUGAUGGUUCUUAGGUGUCUCCAUCCUGAUAAGAUUGUUCCUAGGGUAUUUAGAUUUGUGAGUUCUAACCUUGGACAAAAGUUUGUCCAGCCUCCUCCUUUUGACCUUUCUCAAAGUUACGGUGACUCUGGCUCCUGCAUUCCACUUCUUUUCAUCUUGUGUCCUGGAGCUGAUCCUAUGACUGCUCUUUUGAAGUUUACUGAUGACUCAGGAUUUGGUGGUGAUAAAUUUGAGGCUAUUUCUCUUGGUCAAGGGCAGGGUCCAGUUGCACAAAAAAUGAUUGAAAGAGCUAGAGUUAAUGGAUCUUGGGUGGCACUACAAAACUGCCACCUGGCAGUGUCAUGGAUGCCAAUAUUAGAAAGAAUCUGUGAAGAAUUGUCACCUGAAAACACUCACCCUGACUUCAGAUUGUGGUUAACUAGCUAUCCUUCUUCAAAGUUCCCUGUGUCAAUUCUUCAAAAUAGUGUCAAAAUGACCAAUGAGCCCCCAACAGGUUUAAGACAGAAUUUGCUUCAGUCUUACACUAGUGAUCCUAUAUCUGAUCCAGCUUUUUUCUCUGGAUGUCCAGGAAAAGAAGUAGUGUUUGAAAAGCUUCUUUUCAGUUUGUGUUUCUUUCAUGCUCUGGUCCAAGAACGAAGAAAGUUUGGUCCACAAGGUUGGAACACACCCUAUGAAUUCAAUGAAUCUGAUCUCAGAAUAUCUGUGCUUCAGCUUCAGAUGUACCUCAAUGAGCAGGAGACAGUUCCUUAUGAGGCCAUCUCCUACCUAGUAGGAGAGUGUAACUAUGGAGGACGUGUUACAGAUGACUGGGACCGAUUACGCUUGACAACACUUUUGGAUGACUUCUGUAACCCACGAGUUGUGUCUGAACCAAAAUACAGGUUAUCUUCCAGUGGUGAGUACUAUAUCCCAACAAAAGGUAGCUAUCAGGAUUACAUCAGUUUUAUCAAGAACUUACCCCAGAGCCAAGCACCUGAGGCUUUUGGUAUGCACGACAAUGUAGACAUAUCCAGAGAACUACAGGAGACUAAACAACUAUUUGAUUCAAUCUUAUUAACUCAGGGCCACAAAACUGGUGUAGGAGAAGGUUCUUCUGAGGGUCAGUUGUUGGAGAUAGCAACUGAUAUUCUGUCAAAGCUUCCUGCAGUUUUUGAUCUUAUUAAAGCAACUGAGAAGUUCCCAAUAACCUAUGCUGAUAGUAUGAACACCGUUCUAGUCCAGGAGAUGGAACGGUUUAAUAGGCUACUACACUUGAUUUGCACCAGUUUGCAUAAUCUCCAAAAAGCUGUGAAGGGUUUGGAAGUGAUGUCACCUGAACUGGAAGAUUUAGCACAUAGUCUUCUAAUGGGACGAGUUCCCAAACUAUGGUUAGCAAGAUCUUAUCCAACACUGAAACCACUUGGAAGUUUUAUCAAUGAUUUUUUAGAACGUCUCAACUUUCUCCAGAAAUGGUAUGAAGAAGGAAAACCUUCAGUCUUUUGGCUGUCUGGGUUCUACUUUACUCAAGGUUUUUUAACAGGAGCUGUCCAGAACUAUGCAAGAAAAUAUGCUAUUCCUAUUGAUAUACUAGGCUUUGACUUUGAGAUUUUAAACAAGGACAAUUAUGCUGAACCCCCUGAAGAUGGAGCAUACAUUAAUGGUCUUUUUCUGGAUGGAGCAAGAUGGGAUCAAGAUCUAUGUCAAUUAGAGGAGCAGUUUCCCAAAGUGUUAUGGAGUCAAAUGCCUGUUAUCUGGCUUAAGCCAACUCCAAAAAAUAAUAUUCAUGACAAAGGAAGAUACAAAUGUCCUUUGUAUAAGACAAGUGAACGAAAAGGAACCUUGUCUACAACUGGUCAUUCUACUAACUUUGUAUUACCUAUCCUUCUACCUACACAACUACCCCCUCAACAUUGGAUCAGACGAGGUGCUGCACUACUAUGUCAACUAGACAGCUAAAAAAUUUCAGUUUAAAAAUAUAAAAUUCAUUGCCAUAGAAGAACCAAAGUUUUUCUUGAAGUCUAUCUUUUAAUUUGAUAUAUGUUUGUUUAAAUAUUCAUAUAACUUAUAGCUAAUAUGUUCACUUGUAAAAAUACAAGAACGGAAGUAUAAAGAUUAUUCAUACUUUUUUAUGAUUUCUUAAAUAGUUGAUUUUCAUACUAUUGAUACUUUAUAGAGUAUCCUCAGAAAUAAUGAUCCAACAAUCAUUAAAGGCAGUGAACUUUCUUGGGUACACAAAAACAAAACUGUAUUUUCUGGUGAAAUUACAACUCUGAGAUUUAUCUGUUGUUGGAUUUAUAAAAGUAUAGAAACACUUGGUACUAACUGUAAAAUGAGCUAGGGUCCCUUGUGAUAUGCUUGUUGCCAGUUUAAGUUUGUAUUUAUCAUCCAAUUAAGGGUGGUUAACAAUGGUUAUUUUAUUAAUAUUAGCAUUAAGUUUAAAUAACCAAAUUAAAUAUAUAUAUAGCUACACAUUUGGGCAUUGAGGAACAGUGAUGAAAUGAAGAUAGACAUAUUUGAGUAUGGAGCUGUAGGAAAUCAACCACAUUUUCACAUAUAUAAUUUAAAGAUAAUAAGGUACCUUUUGGUCCAUCUAGGCCAUCCACUAAAC